AUGGACACACUCACAUUGGAUUCCUCAUGGGCAAGGCAAAGCUGGCUCCUCAUCCCCACACAGACUGUUCCACGGCUCGAGCUUUGUGCUGCUGUCUUGGCUGUUGAAUUGGCAGACAUAAUUAAAGAAGAGCUCGACGUAGACGUCCACAAGGUCACAUUCUACACAGACAGUCGGAUUGUAUUGGGCUACAUCAACAACACAAGUAGAAGAUUUUAUGUAUAUGUUGCCAACAGAGUCACACGCAUCAGAAAGUCUUCAAGCCCGGAACAAUGGCAGUUUGUCAGCACAGAACACAACCCUGCAGACCAUGGGACUCGCUCAGUGCCAGCUGCCAUGUUGAAUGACACCAACUGGUUCAAAGGUCCAGCCUUCUUAGCCAAAGACACCUCACCGCCAGAGGAGUUUGUGCUCAUUGACCCUGAAGCAGACGCAGACGUACGGCCACAGAUCCAAGCUUUCAUAACCAAGACCUUCGAAGGAGAGCUGGGACCAAAACGAUUUGAACGCUUCUCCAACUGGAAGUCACUUAUUCGAGCCAUUACCAAGCUCAUACACAAGGCCAGGUCUUGUACAAAGGGCUCAAUCAGCAAUACGGAUGAGCCGACACAAGCAAGACUAAUAGUCAUCAGAAACGCUCAACACAAUACAUUUGCUGAGGAGAUGAAAUGCCUUUCCAGAGGUGAAAUCGUUCCAAAGUCAAGCCCUCUGAGGAAACUUAAUCCAAUUGUGGAUAAGGACGGCCUGCUGAGAGUUGGAGGACGCAUUCCUUUGGCUGACAUACCCUGGGAAGAGAAACAUCCAAUCAUUGUCCCCAGAAAGCACCACGUAGCAACCUUAUUGGUGAGACAUUACCAUGCAAAGGUUGCUCAUCAGGGAAGACAUCUGACAGAGGGUGCUGUUCGCUCUGCUGGAUUGUGGCUGAUUGGAGGCAAGAGACUGGUGUCAAGCAUCAUACAUAAAUGUGUGACCUGUAAUAAGCUGAGAGGAAGAAUGGAAGAACAAAAAAUGUCAAGCCUACCUGCUGAACGUCUCAACCCGGGUCCUCCGUUCACAAAUGUAGGUGUCGAUGUGUUCGGCCCUUGGACCAUAAGCUCAAGACGAACUCGCGGCGGCAUUGCAGAGAACAAACGCUGGGCAGUCAUCUUUACUUGCAUGGUAACAAGAGCUGUGCAUAUCGAAGUUCUCGAGUCUUUGUCCUCCUCAAGCUUUGUUAAUUCAUUAAGGAGAUUCACAGCUAUCCGUGGUCCUGUCCGCCUGUUUCGUUCUGACCAGGGAACGAACUUCAUUGGGGCAUGCAAGGAACUUCAGAUCAAAUCUGAUGAUCAGGAACUAAAUGCUUACCUUCACAAUCAAAGCUGCACCUGGACCUUUAAUCCUCCCCACUCCUCCCAUAUGGGUGGAGUGUGGGAGCGUAUGAUAGGUAUUGCCCGUAGAAUACUGGAUGCACUGUUGUUACAGACAAACACUGCCCACCUGUCUCAUGAAGUUUUGGUCACAUUCAUGGCUGAAGUCAUGGCCAUUAUGAACGCUAGACCCCUUGUUCCUGUGUCGUCUGACCCAGACAUGCCCACAGUGUUCACACCUGCCAUGCUGCUAACACAGAAAGUCGACCCAGUGCUGCCACCAGCGGGAGAGUAUGACCUUAAAGACCUAUACAGCAAGCAGUGGAAACAAGUGCAGGCAUUGGCAGACUCAUUCUGGAAACGCUGGCGUCAAGAAUACCUGGUGUUACUCCAACCAAGGAGAAAGUGGCACGUGGACAAGCCAAACCUGAGCGAAGGAGAUGUUGUGCUGCUCAAGGAUGCUCAGGUCAAGCGGAAUGAUGAAUGGCCUGUCGGAGUGGUGGGGAACGCCAUUCCCAGCAAAGAUUCUAAAGUUCGCAAAGUGGAUGUGAGGGUGGGCAGACAGGAUACUCAGCGGGUGUAUUCUAGACCAGUCUCAGAAGUUAUUUUACUUGUAAAAAGGGAAUAG